UAAGGAACUCACACACAACGUACAGUACAGUCUGCAGGGCUAACCCGAUUCACAGGAUGCUGCUCAACACUGUUCUACUUCUGCUGUCCUUUGUGGCAUAUGUGACUGCGCAGUACGAGACCCACAGUAUUGGAACAUGUGACCUGGAGCCGUACAUCCUCAAACUGCUGACAUGCGACAAUCACUUCUUCACUGCCAUGAGGAAAGACCCAGACGGGGAUUGUGGCCUAAGGUACAAAGAAGCAGAGUUCUGCUACUGGAAGGAGAUCCGUGAGUGUUAUGUGGAACUGUACGAGGGGGAGAGACUCAACAGUGAGGUCGGCAGCAUCAUGACUCAGUUCCCCUCAGAAGAGGCCUUCUGUGAAGGUACGGGGCUGGGACCCAUCGACUUCAGCGAGUACCACACCAACCCGUGCGACUCCCGGUACACUCAGGAGAGUCAGGACUGCACCAGGGGCCUCAUCAUGAUGUACCAGGACAACCCAGCUGACACAAGGCUAUGCAGCAAAUACAGAGAAUCCAUCAGCUGUGUUCAGCGAGUAACAGACCAGUACUGCACACUGGACCUUGAGGACUUUGCUCACGCCUGGGUCGAUGUGCACAUGAAGAUCGACCACAACCCCUUCUGCGCAGAGAUCACCAGUCUGGGAAACAGAAGUCACAGUUGUGUCCUGCUACUUCUGUUGGCGCUCAUCGCACUUUUGUUUCUUCUGUAGUGCAACAAUUGUACUAGCAUAGUUUCAUCUUGUAGAAAUGGCCAUUUUGCCUAGCCUGGUUACCAUCCGGAUAGUAGUUCACUGUGACGUUUACUAUACACUAUAUACAGUCGCUUCUCACUCCGUCUUAUUAUCUCCGUCUUAUGCUGUUCCUUCUGGGAACCAUGACAUCUUAAACAUUCUGAGCGAAUUAAGGAAUGGGUUCAAGCACUACAGACUGUUAGCAGAAGCGAACAUAGGAGCGAACUACUACCUGGAUGGUACCCAGGCUACAUUUUGCCACCAUCUGUGGUCAUUUUUUAAUUCAUUGUACAAAGUUACUCCCUAAAUCAGGUAUCUCACUGGACUUUGGUUCGUUGGCAGUGUCGCUGUGCU